GCUGAUACAACAGAUACAGAAUGCAAGCACAGAGCUAUACCACAACCGAUCGUCAUGGCUAUAGUCUGCGUUUCUCACCUUUCGAGGCAAAUCAUAUGCUGCUAGCUACUAGCCAACUAUACGGUCUUGCUGGUGGUGGUUCGCUCUUUCUGCUUGCCGAGAACUCAACAGAUGAUGCUAACAUCAGUGUCAAAACACCAAAUCUUACAGAGCUGUGUCGUUUGGAGUGGUCGGAUGGGUUGUUCGAUGUCGCCUGGUGUCCAUAUGCCGCCGAUAUUGCAGCGACAGCCUCUGGCGAUGGUUCGCUGCAAAUCUGGUCGGGCUUGGAUGUUGAGUCGGCAGUGACGGAGCAAACGCCCAAACAGCCGCUGAUCUGUCUGCAGGAGCACAAGAAUGAGAUUUAUAGUCUGGAUUGGGGCGAAAAGUGGAACUAUCAUACACUGCUCUCGGCCAGUUGGGACUGUACACUCAAGCUGUGGGAUUGCAACAGGCAGAACUCCAUCACGACGUUUGUGGGGCACAAUGAUUUGAUAUAUUGUGCAAAGUUUUCGCCACUGAUUGCGAAUCUCUUUGCCAGCGUAAGUACCGAUGGGCACUUGAACUUAUGGAAUUCUCUUGAUUUUGCAGGUAAACCCCUGAUGAGCAUCGAGGCGCAUGCGAGUGAGGCCCUAUCCUGCGACUGGAGCCACUAUGAUCGCAAUGUACUUGUGACGGGCGGAUCAGAUGGACUGAUUCGUGGCUGGGAUCUGCGCAAGAUGCGCACACACAUCUUCGAGCUGUACUCUGGCGAAUUUGCGGUCAGACGUUUGGCCUGCUCCCCACACUCGGCGACAGUGUUGGCCUCGGCUAAUUAUGAUUUUACCACACGCAUUUGGGAUCUGGAGCGAGGUGAGUCCGCUCAGGAGAUAAACGCCAAGCACACGGAAUUUGUUUGUGGCCUGGACUGGAAUCCGCAGCGAGCACAUGAGCUGGCCGAUUGUGGCUGGGAUUCGUUGGUGAAUGUCUAUACACCUCAGUGUCUGGCCUAAUUAGAUGCCUAAGUUUGCUUCAUAUGCUUACCCCCAACCUGGAACUGGUACUUCAAACCGAAACAAAAAUGUGAUAAGGUGCAAAGUGGCGCCAAAAUAGCCUACGCCUACAAAUGGUAGUCAACACCUGGACGAUAUAUAUAUAUAUGUGUGUAGCUGAGCUAUAGCGAACCUCUAAGGAAACGAUCGAACACGAAGCCUGUAAAUAGUUGUGAUAAAUAAUAAAUGAGAGA